CGAGCUUCUUGAAGAGCACUGAAAAUGACUCCGGACAUUGACGAGGUUCAGGAGAAGCUCAACGGGGCUACGGUUCAGGAUGGCAAGGAAUUGGCUGAUCCCGCCGUGAAGGAGGCCGUUCAGAAUGGUGAGAAAGCUCCUGAAGGCGAAGCCCCCAAAGAGAGCGCCGACAACGAAGACGACAACUCCGACGACGACGAAGACGAAGGCGCCGCCAACGGCUCCUCAGAAGGCGCCAAGAAAAAGAAGAAGAAGAAGAAGCCCAAGAAGAAGAAGGCCGGCACCAAGCAAACCGAACCCCCGCGCACCGGACUCUCCAAGCUCUUCCCAUCCGGUACUUACCCAGAGGGCGAGAUCUGCGAAUACACUCAUGAGGAAAACACAUACCGUACCACCUCCGAGGAGAAGAGACACCUGGAACGUCUGGAAUCCGACACGUAUAAUGACUUGCGUCGUGCAGCGGAGGUCCACAGACAAGUCCGCCACUACGCCCAAAAAUCAAUCAAACCCGGCAUGUCCAUGAUCGAAAUCACCGAACUCAUCGAAAACGGAACUCGUGCCCUCUCCGAAGAAAACGGUCUCAAGUCUGGUGUCGGAUUCCCGACAGGUGUUUCGUUGAACAACGUCGCAGCACACUAUACCCCGAACGCCGGAGAUCCCACGCUGCUUCAGCAGAACGAUAUCAUGAAAGUCGAUUUCGGCGUCCACGUGAACGGUCGUAUCAUCGAUUCCGCGUUUACUAUGUCAUUCGAUGAGUCUGGAACUUACGACCCCCUCCUCAAAGCCGUAAAGGAAGCAACCAACACCGGAAUCAGGGAAGCGGGUAUCGAUGUUCGCUUGAACGAUAUCGGCGCCGCAAUCCAAGAAGUCAUGGAAUCCUACGAAGUCACUCUCCCCAACGGAAAGACCGAACAAGUCAAAUGUAUCAGAAACCUCAACGGACACAACAUUAAUCCGUACGAGAUUCAUGGCGGAAAGAGCGUACCGAUCGUGGCGAACGGUGACAUGACAAGAAUGGAAGAAGGCGAAUCCUUCGCAAUCGAAACCUUCGGCUCCACAGGUCGCGGCUUCGUCCGCGAAGAAGGUGAAUGCUCCCACUACAUGCGCAAAGUCGACGCUCCCCGCGUUGGACUCCGUCUCCCACGUGCCAAGACUUUGUUGGCCACAAUCAACCAGCAAUUCGGAACGCUUCCAUUUUGUAGAAGGUAUUUGGAUCGUGCGGGUGAGAGCAAGUAUUUGGUUGCGUUGAAUAGUUUGGUUAGGGAGGGUGUUGUGCAGGAUUAUCCCCCGCUUGUGGAUGUGAAGGGGUGUCAGACUGCGCAGUAUGAGCAUACGAUCUUUUUGAGGCCGACGGUGAAGGAGGUUAUCUCGAGGGGUGAUGAUUACUAG